AUGGACAAGUGUCACAUGGGAUCCGGUCAGCCACUGACGGUUGAAAGUCUUGGCCAACUGCGUUACUGCGCGACUGCUUCCUCGGAAAUCAACGUUGACGACGAUGACGAAGUCAGAGAUGAGUCAAACGAUAAUGAGAGAUCCGGAGAAUCGGCGGAACCGAAUUACGUAAUAAGUGCGACUGCAGUGGCAACAACCCGGCGACAAACGAGCGAUGCGGUGGCGGCGGCAGCAGUGGCAACAAAUAGAGUAGCUGACAGAGUUCUUUCAGACAUCAGUGAGGAAGGUUCAGAGGUGUCAGAGAACUUGUCGAUGAACGCCGCGAUGAGGGACCGCUGUGUGUCGUCUUCGGGAAGCGACUAUUCGACUUUGAAGAACUCGGAGUCCAUCUCCAUGACCACUUCAGCCGAGACGAGUACGCCAAGGUACUGUAACUUGCCGGCUGUAUUCGCUGCGACCUUGGAGUCGCUCCUCAAUCAGCUUGACUGGUCCAAUGGCACGUACUUUGAUGGAGAGCAGCUAACGCACUUGUUAGUUGUAGACGGCUGCAUUAUUAUGUCUGACAACGUGAUGGAGCUCUCACAGAAUAUCCUGCAGUUGCAAUCAGAAUCUCUGACCAUCGGCUUAGAGGUCAAACUCUCCAAAGCGAAAUGGAUGCCAACGAACACUGACUUGAGGGCUCUUUCCAGUUAG